UUUUAAUUCAUAAUUCGAAUUGAUUACAGCUACCCCGAACGCCUACGCACAACAGACAGCUACCCCGAAACGCGGACUGAAAAUUUCGGUGACCGACGAGCGGGGCCCACGCACUCUCACCCUACUCACAUUUCCACUCCCCCAUAGCAGAGUGAAGCCAGAGCUCUCCUCCGACUCCGAGCGCCGCCGCCGCCCGAGCUCCAGACCGAUGGGUGGCUUCGCGACCUCGCGCCCCGCCUCCGUCAUCCUCUGCGCCGUCCUCUCUUUCCUCGGCCUCUUCGCCUUCCUCCUUGCCGUCGGCGCCGAGCGCCGACGCAGCACCGGGAAGGUGGUGCCGGAUGAGUACGACGAGCGGUCCUACUGCCUCUACGACACUGACGCCUCCACGGUCUAUGGCGUCGCCGCCUUCUUCGUGCUCCUUCUCCAGCAGGCCAUCGUCACCGCCGCCACGAGGUGUCUCUGCUUCGGCCCCGCGCUCUCCUCCCGGGGCUGCGCCGUCGCCGCGUUCAUCCUCUCCUGGUUAACAUUCCUCAUCGCGGAAGCUUGCCUUAUAGGAGGAUCAGUGAGGAACGCAAAACACACCAAGUAUCUAGGUUAUUACAUGAAGCAUGAUUUGGUCUCAUGCUCCACGCUUCGCAAGGGAGUCUUUGCAGCUGCUGCUGCGAUGAUGGUCAUCAACCUCUUGGCAUCCCUUGUGUACUACUGGAGCUACUCGAAAGCCGCAACCGGUGGGUUCAUGAAGCAUCAAAACGAGGUUGGCGUGGGCAUGACGGAUUACGGUCUAGACAGGGGUGUUUCUGGGCCCUGAGUGAGUUGGCAUCGUGUUGCUGUGCGUGUGCACUAGCGGUCGUACCUACAAUCUAUAUCUCUCUCAAGUGUCCUGUGCCUGAAGCUCUGCUGUUGCUCUACACAGUUAAUGGCACAAAAACUGUACUCUAAUAUGCGUCAAGUUAGUGGUAAUGUUAUUGCAUGAUUCAUGGGUUUCUAUGAAAAAUGUGUUAGCCUUCACUGUUAUUUUGCUGUUGUCCACGACAUGGAUUCCUGAGCCGUGGAGCUACACAGAUACAGUUAUGCUGUACACUGGGUGAUGCUAGUAGGGUCACUUUAAAGUUCUUCGUUGUCA